CGGCCGAGUGCUACCAGCUUCAAGGCCUUUCCAUAUUUCCACGACAGCAAACUGCUAAUAAGAUCCGGCUUGCUCUGCUGAGGGUCCCAUGACUCCAGCUGAGUUGAUGUUACAGUGUCGGAUCUCGUCGAUCGCGUGAUCAUGAUCCGCGUCCCACGGCCACCUACUGUGGCACGUCACAGAAUAUCUUGUUUGUAACCUGAGAUGCUGCCAGGACCCGGCAAAGAGCACGCCCCGGGCCGGGCCACAUACCCCACAUUCCAUCUUGUUCGUGGCAUGUCUGAACGCACGUGGUGCAGAGAAACGGGAUUCGCCAAUGCCUCGCCAGUGCCUCACCAACCCCUCGGAUCCAGUCGGGCCUUGGUCAAACCCGUAAAUGGUCGGAAGCCGGAAGGCGCCUGGCAGCGUGGGUUUUGCGGCACGAGCAUACUCCAAUCAUGGCCGUCAUCUCCGAAGGAAUCUCUCCGGGCCUUGCGCAAGAGUGGCGGAUGCGUGGGGAAUCAUAGUGAGGCAAACCACCGUCAUGGGUCCAUGAUGGUUCCUCAAUUAUUGUUUCUCCUGGCAUAUUAUACUGUGCCGGAUACCACCUUAGCUCCCCAGAUGUCCCAAGUCCCAUUACCGGUCCCCAAAGGCUGCGGGUCUCACCAGAAGAUCGCUUAACGUACAAAGUACACCCAUGACCAACCUUGAACACGGUGUGAUCAUAUCGACGUCGUGGGCAUCGGAUGGCACCUCAACUCCCAACCUUGAAUCUAUAUAUUGGCACCCUACCCGCGAUCCAUCGUCGCGCAGCUC